ACUCACAACUCUCUCUAUUUUUCUACAACAUCAAAUUUUCUUAAGAAAAUUCAGUCCAUUCCUUCUCCCUAAAAUGGAAGCUUUGUGCCCUAAUCUUGAUCUUAAACCAACCCCCAUCUCACCAAUUUCAAGAAAACCCUCAAAACCCACUUCAGUUCUGUUCCAUUCAUGUCGAUUAUGGGGCUCAAAUAGUAAAAAAUUUAGAGCAUCAAUACCUCAAGCUUCAUAUAAAACAAGAUCUGAACCACAAUUUAAUGGUGAAGAUAUAAGAACAGAUAACCAAAAAUUGCUUAGAUCAAUUGGAAGAGGAGUUUUUGGUUUUGCUGCAGCAGCAAUGGCUGCAGUUUCAAUUUGCUCCGACUCCCCGGCUCUUGCAGAGUCUUUAACAGUUGCAUUUCCUGUUUCUCGUGCUCGCGAGGUGAAUACAGUUCAGAGAACUCUUGUGGAGGCUUGGGGUUUGAUAAGAGAAACAUUCAUUGAUCCCACUUUUAAUCAUCAAGACUGGGAUAUGAAGCUGCAACAAACAAUGGUGGAAAUCUUUCCCCUGAGAUCGGCAGAUGCAGCAUAUAACAAGAUCGGUGGAAUGCUUUCUACUCUUGGAGAUCCAUUUACUCGGAUUAUCAGUCCAAAGGAAUACCAAAGCUUUAGGAUUGGAAGUGAUGGAAAUCUGCAAGGAGUUGGUCUCUUUAUAAAUGUUGAACCAAAAACUGGGCAUUUGGUUGUUUUGUCUUGUGUGGAGGGCAGCCCAGCUGCUCGUUCUGGUAUACAUGAAGGAGAUGAGUUGGUUGAGAUUAAUGGGGAGAAGCUUGAUGGCAUUGACAGCGAAUCAGCAGCGCAGAAGCUAAGAGGGCGUGCUGGAACAACUGUCACUGUAAAACUCCAUAGUGGUAAUGAUGAGAGAAGUGAUUCUAGUUUAAGAGAGUUCAAAUUACCUCGCGAGUUUAUUAAGCUGUCCCCUAUAUCCAGUGCCAUCAUCCCGCAUAGAAGUUCAGAUGGCCGUCUCUCAAAGACUGGAUAUGUAAAGCUGUCCGCCUUCUCUCAGACGGUCGCUGCUGAUAUGGAGAAUGCAAUUCAGGAAAUGGAAAAUCAGGGUGUUCAUUCGUACAUACUGGACCUGAGGAAUAACCCAGGAGGAUUGGUUAAAGCAGGACUUGAUGUUGCCCAAAUAUGGCUUGAUGGAGAUGAGACUCUUGUGAAUACAAUUGAUAGGGAUGGGAAUAUGCUACCCAUCAACAUGGUCGAUGGCCAUGCCUUAACACACGAUCCACUGGUUGUGCUUGUGAAUGAGGGAAGUGCAAGCGCAAGUGAGAUUUUGGCAGGGGCACUACAUGACAAUGGCCGAGCAAUCCUUGUGGGGAACAAAACCUUUGGUAAAGGAAAAAUUCAGAGUGUUACGGAGCUGCAUGAUGGAUCGGCUUUGUUUAUCACAGUUGCAAAGUAUUUAUCACCGGCACUUCACGACAUAGAUCAGAUUGGCAUAACCCCUGAUGUUCAGUGCACAACAGACAUGCUCAAUUCACCUAAAGAAUCCUCCUUAUAUAAGGAUAAGAGCGCGGUCUCGUCUUUGGAAGCAGAUUCUUGUAUCAUGGUAGCAGAGCAUGAGUUGGACAUUCAGGAAUCUAAAGGUACUGCCUCUUGAAAGGAAUUAAGGGCGCCCUUGCAUGCAUUGCAGUUAGCACCAUAGCCAUUUAUUUGUAUAUAAAAUGAAGGAAACAAUUUGUCUGUUACAAAUUUACCUGUACGUGUGUCUUUCUACAGGUGAGGGUAGAAUGAUAUAUAGUGUAGAAAAUAAAUCCUGUAUGAAUAUUUCAUCCAGAUUUAACAUUUCCUGCACUUUUUCCUUGUCCUUUGUCACUGAAAUAUUAUUAUUAUUAUUAUUAUUAUUAUUGUUUUAUAUUGGUUAAUAA